AACACGCGGGAACUUCGAGUAUCUCAUUUAUUUACGUGCUGUCGUUUCGUAUUUUGCUACUAAUGAACGAUGGGAUCCCGUCUAGCAGAACAAUUUUCACAAAUUGAUAAGCUCCGUUUUGAACUUCUGCAUAAUGCAGAAAUCAUGACAGAUUCCCGGCGUGAUGAAGAGGAAACCAGCCACAGGGAAAUUUUGAACCGCAUAGAAAACGUGAUCCUGGGAAUAACGACAAGUCUUUCCAAAGAUGAGGCUCCUGUCCUGGCACUGCCCAACAGGUCCAGCUGGGCCAAUGUCAGUUUUGACAGCGCCGUCGGCCUUCAGAUGAGUUCAGGGAGUUCUGUCACCAGCGUUCGGAGCGACUGCCCGUCCUCUGCUACUAAAUUUGCACAAAUUCUCAAGAUUCUCUCCGUCAUCUACAGACUUGUGCAGAGCGACUCGUAUGCAACAAAAAGAGACAUCUAUUACAACAACACACAGCUGUUUGGUUCACAAAAAACUGUUGAUAGCAUAGUGGAUGAUAUUUCCUGCAUGCUAAAGAUUCCCCGCAGAUCACUACAUGUGUUGGCCACGUCCAAGGGAUUAAUCUCAGGUGAUCUGUGUUAUUUGGAGGAGGACGGCACAAGGAUCGACUGCCGCUCCUGCUCUGCCGCUGUUGCAGUGUCAUCAAACAUUGGUGGGAUUCGAAAUAUCGUAUCAUCUGCAAAAUUUGUCAUGAUAGUGGAGAAGGAUGCAACGUUUCAGAGACUACUGGAUGACGACUUCUGCACAAAGCUGUCUCCUUGCAUCAUAAUCACAGGUAAAGGAGUGCCAGAUGUGAACAGCAGGUUGAUGGUGAGAAAGCUCUGGGACACGCUGCACAUUCCCAUCUUCGCCCUGGUGGACGCUGACCCUCAUGGGAUCGAGAUCAUGUGUAUCUACAAGUACGGAUCAGUGGCCAUGUCGUUUGAGGCCCGCAGUCUGACCGUCCCCAGCGUUAUGUGGCUAGGCCUCCUCCCCUCUGACCUCCAGAGGUUGCGGGUUCCCGAUGAUGCCCUGAUCCCCCUGAACAAAACGGAUGAAAGCAAACUCAGCAGCCUUCUCAAAAGGCCGUACUUAACCAGCCAACCAGACUGGCAGAAAGAGAUGGAACUGAUGCAGCAGAGUAAAGUCAAGGCUGAAAUCCAGUCUCUAGCGGCCAUAGCUCCUGAUUUCCUCACCAACAUCUACCUGCCCAACAAGCUGCGCUACGGGGGCUGGGUGUGAGCACAAUGCUGCCACCUAGUGGACAAACAAAGGAACUGCUAAAGCUGGUUGCAAAACUAAAGAAAUAGCUUUCAUAUAACUGUCCUGCCUGCCCUUGUCACACAUAGAAAUAUUGUUUUAACCCUAUAAAGCCUGAACCAUUAAAUAAUUGCCAGAAAUUUUUUUUUUUUUU